ACCUCCCUCACGUCACCCGCAUUCAUUCAUUGUUCAUCUUGCGAUAGAGUAGACCGGCUUGGACAAUACCGUUGAAUUAUCCUCAACUUCGUGCGGCUCUAGAUUUAUGUUCACAUGAGCCGUUUCCCACCUACGCAAAGGAUUCCUACAACAUCUGCCCGCUGCCUAGAGCUUGACGCACCUGCGUCUCCGCAGUCAUGACGGCUGGACUGAAAACAAUCAUCGCGCUCUCCUUUGUUCUCGCCAUUGGCUUUCUCCUCGUUAUCCUCUCUUCGGCUCUCUGGCACAACUUCCUGCCACUUACUGUUGUUGCGACCUACGUUAUUGCGCCGCUCCCAAACUGGAUCUGUUCAAGAUGCGCAAAUCCAGAUGACUUUAUGGACAGCUCCGGCAAUGCGGCCGCUGAUUUUGGCCGUUUCUUGACCGGAUUCCUAGUCUUAAUGGGCAUUGCUCUCCCAGCCGUUCUCGCGCACAGCGGUGCGAUCCAAGUACCUGCUAUGAUUAUGUCCGUCGUCGGCGGUCUGUUGAUUUAUGGAACGAUCAUCAGUUUCUCAAUGUUUUUCCGAGAACAAGAAGAAUUCUGAGUACAAGAUAUGUUGCGAUGAAAGGAUGCAGAUCUUAUUUCCGGAACAUUGAGCUAUUAUUAUUGCGAACCCUCUACAGACCUGUGUCGCAUAUCGAGAGAAUCCCUGUUACUUAUCAUUUCCAAUGUUUCAAUGCUUGAAUGGAUGUUUCUUUCUUCGACGUAUGCUGGGAGUUUUUGAUGUGGGCUUCGUGCGAUAUUCUGCCCUUAUUGGCUGUCUUUUAUUCGGCGAUACGAUUAUUUGAUGUAUUAUAGCCACUUCUGCAAGGUUAUAAAUAGAGCUUGUAAACCGGA